AUGUCAAAAGAUGAACCAGUUUCAUUGGAAUUAAAAAACACUAUAGUAACUGCUAUUCUUUUUCAAUAUACUUGUAAAUAUAUAAGUUCUGAAAUAAAACCUUAUCCUUCUACAACAAUAAAUUCUUGUUAUCAAAAAGUUUUUAACACUAAGACUGAAUAUUCUGAUGACAGUCAAUGUGUUAUAGAAAUAUAUUUAGAUAGUAAUAAAGUUCAACAAUAUAUUGGACUUAUGUCAGAUAAUGUUUGGAAAAAUCUUUUUGAUAAUUGGUAUAAACAGCAUAGUACUAUUGUUCAAUUUUCAUUUGUACUUACUAAAAUAUAUCCAGAAAAUUAUAAAUUUCAGAAUAAGGAACUAAGAAUAUGGCAUGCUAUGUUUCAAACAUGUGGUUGUUCAGAUAUAACUCCAUUUUUACAUAUGAAAUUUCAAAUUGAAUUUUGA